CCCGACUGGCGAAGGCUGCGUUAAGUGUAUGCUCAGUCUCACCUCUAAAGCUGCGGAUGGAACGUUUGGAGUUGACAUCGAGAACGUUCUUUCACGGUUUAGUCUACCUCGUAAAAUGCACUGCUCGGGGUAACGCGGUUCUUCCUGACUAUAUUAAUGCAGCCUUCGUCGUUUAAAUCAUAGAAUCGGAUUUCUCUGUUGACGGAUUGAUAGGCCCUCGCCACGCUCUCCAUUCACGGCCCACUGUGAAUUCAUUGGCAAGUCCCCCUUAUACUAAACGACAUGGGCAUUCCGGGCGGGUUCGGUUCUGUCCUCGUCGGGGUGUUGAUCUCCGUCAUGUUAUAUGGCAUAGCAAUUCUCCAGACUUAUGUGUAUUACAUGCAAUACCCUGAGGAUGCCUCGGCCACAAAGCUCCUGGUUGCUGCCAUAUGGAUCCUUGAUACCCUACAUACUUCAUUUAUGUGUCAUAUGUUGUAUUACUAUUUGAUAACCAACUACGGUAUUCCGGAGAGUUUGGGGCAUAUUGUUUGGUCAUUCCAAGUAUGCAUACCCAAACUUUUACUCAGGAGCCGCCACUGAUUUGAACGCUUAGGCAUCUGUUCUGGUGCACGUAUUUAUGGUUGCUGUAGUACAAUGCUUCUUCGUCCAUCAAAUAUAUUACCUCUGUCGCCCUCAAGUGAAGUGG